AUGUCUACAGCAGAUUUGAUGGAGAAUCUCAGGGAAGAACUGACCUGUUUCAUCUGCUUGGACUAUUUCACCAGCCCGGUGACCACUGAGUGUGGGCACAGCUUUUGUCUGGUGUGUCUCCUGAGGAGCUGGGAGGAACACAGUACUCCUUUAUCUUGUCCUGAGUGCUGGAGGGCCUUGGAGAGUCCACACUUCCAGCCCAAUGAGCGUCUGGGGAGGCUGGCUGGCAUCGGCAAACAGCUCCGAUCCCAGGUGCUGCAGAGCGAGGGCGGACAAGGCGGCUCUGGGAGAAUGCUGGCAGUCGCUAAGGCUUUUUCUGAUGAGCAGCAGGGUGUAAACGCUUUCUUAACCCAGUGUCACGGAAUAAACAGAUUGUAUCCCUCCAGUGAGGCUGAGGAGCGUCACAAAGAGAAACUCCAGGAAGUCUUAAAUCUUUUGCGUAAAAAGAAAAAGGAAACUCAGGUUGUAUUAUCCCAUGAGAAGGAGAGAGUAACACUGUGCAAGGAAGAGACAAAGGCCUGUAAGCAGGUUGUUGUGUCAGAAUAUGUAAAAAUGCACCAGUUUUUGAAGGAGGAGGAACAACUACAGCUCCAGUUACUGGAAAAGGAGGAAAGGGAGAACAUGAAGAAGUUGAGGGACAAUGAGAUCAAGCUGACCCAGCAAAUAAGAAGCCUAAGCAAGAUGAUUGAGCAGAUAGAGUCCACCUGUCAGCGCUCCACUUUAGAAUCUUUUGAGGAUGUGAAAGGAACACUGGAAAGGAGUGAGCCACUCUUGCUCCAGUGUCCAGAGGCGACCGCCACGGAACUGAGUCUGUGCCGCAUCACUGGAAUGAGGGAGAUGCUAAAAAAAUUCAGCACGGACAUAACUCUGGAUCCAGCUACAGCCAAUGCCUAUCUUGUCUUGUCUGAGGAUCUGAAAAGCGUGAGACAUGGAGGAAUCCGACAGCACUUACCCGACAACCCAGAACGAUUUGACCAGUCUGCAACUGUGCUGGGCACUCAGAUAUUCACCUGUGGGAGACACUACUGGGAGGUGGAGGUGGGCAACAAGACCGAGUGGGAAGUGGGCAUUUGCAAGGACUCCGUGAGCCGAAAGGGCAAUCUCCCGAAGCCACCUGGGGACCUCUUCUCACUUAUAGGCUUAAAAAUUGGAGAAGAUUAUAGUCUUUGGGUCUCAUCACCUUUAAAAGGUCAACACGUCCGAGAGCCUGUGCAUAAGGUUGGCGUUUUCUUAGACUACGAGUCUGGACACAUAGCGUUCUACAACGUGACAGAUGAGUCCCUCAUCUACAGCUUCCCUCCAGCCUCUUUCCAAGAGGCUCUCAGGCCGAUCUUCUCCCCUUGCCUCCCAAAUGAAGGGACGAACACGGGCCCUCUUACCAUCUGCUCACUGAACAGUUAUGUCUGA